AAUGUUUGAUUGACAGGGGCGCUAUAUUGACACAUGACAUGGGUGGGUGGUCACAUUGUAGUAAACAAUAGCCAAUUACGUCGUUCGGCCGCUCGGGAAUCAUCCUUCGCAUUCUGUUGAAAACUUCGCCGGCGUGUUUUUCUCGGAGACAUCCAUUCAUCGUGAACAGACAACCGAAAUCUUUAGUGCUCUUCAUAACCCUUAAGAACAUAUCACUUGAGAACUUCGCCAUGAAUUCCGUCAUGAACUCUCUACCUUCUCUCUCAAUGCCGGGGCCUGCUCAAAAUUUUCUCGGCCCUCAACAGAGAUUUUACAACCCCUCGCAACCCUCAAUGCAACAACGUUCUUCCUUUGCUAUCCAAGAACUUCUAGGAAUCGGUCAAACGCAAUGCCAAGCGUCCGUACCUAUGAGCACUGCUUCGCCAAAUUAUAACGCUUUACAAAGUUUCGGGACCAUGGGCCAAGGGGUACCCAAUAACACUGGGUCAAACUUUUGUUCAUCCGUCACGGCGAGUUCUUAUCAAUGGAGGCCAAGUUUGAUGCCAAGUUUUUCAAGGAUCGGGGAUUCUGGAGGUGGUACCAUGCCCAUGAUAGGACAACACGUAAACUGGGGAGAAAGGAACAAUCUGACGCCAAAUUCCGAUAUAGAUACUCCAUAUCCUGACAAAACUGGUUUCCUGCCGACAGGAGGCGCUGGUAAAAAGAAAAAGAAAAGACGCCAUCGAACUAUUUUCACCAGCUACCAACUCGAAGAGUUAGAAACCGCAUUCAAGGACGCUCACUAUCCAGAUGUCUACGCUCGGGAAGUGUUAUCUCUAAAAACAGACUUACCAGAGGAUCGAAUUCAGGUCUGGUUUCAAAACCGCCGUGCCAAGUGGAGGAAGACAGAGAAGAAAUGGGGCAAGAGCAGCAUCAUGGCUGAAUACGGUCUGUACGGUGCCAUGGUCAGGCAUUCCCUGCCUUUACCCGAGACCAUACUAAAAUCAGAUGACGAUGAAAAGGAGAGCGCCCCGUGGUUGCUGGGAAUGCAUAGGAAAUCGCAGGAAGCCUCAGAAAAGUUGAGCCAAGAGGAUUCAGACUGUGACAAAGAUAGCCCAACGAAGGAAAAGAGUGACUUGAAAUCAGAAAGCAUCGCCACACUGAGGGCCAAAGCCCAGGAACACCAGAUCAAAAUGCGAGAGUGUAUAACUGACACGACAUUAGGAGACCACCAUAAAGAUAUCGUGACUUUACAGUUGGACAGUUGAUGUCUGUGAAGACUUAUCCCAACGGGAUUGGUGCAAUUAACAUAUCAAGUCAGUGUGGGGAGAGGACUGUGGAGGCGUUGAGGCAUUAACUGGUGCUGGUUGAGGCUCCGGCUGUUUCAUCGGUCGAAUGAAGCAUCUUGACCUGAGUGUAUUUAUCUGGCUCAGAGAGCGCCAUCGUGGAUAUCAAUGGCCUGUUUCAUUAAAGUGUAAAAGUGCCCGUCGGACGGGCAGCAGCGAAAAACUCCGAUCGCUCGUUUACGCGGCGCUUGAUAACAAGUCAAAGUACAAAUUAUAGAGCAUCCUUACUUAUUGCCAAUGGUACCAUUAACGAAUGACACAUAUGAAACUGACCCUCUAUGUAAGUAAUGCCAAAAUGCGUUUUUCAAAUAUUGUAUAAGGAAUCAUCAUUGUAAGCAUGAGGAAGAGUAACAGUGAACGCAUAUCAUUCCAUAAAUAGCCAGCAGCAGUCUUUUUCAAUGUUUAGAAGCGAACUUUAAUGUUACCACUAAAAGGCGGGACGUAAUGUUGAUACCUAUGGGUACCGGUAUGUAUUCAGGACAAUGUGCAAUACUGCGAUUCCCUUGGCGCUUACGCCAUCUUUUACCAGAUGUCCAUUGGUGUCUUAACGACCCGGGUGACGUAACGCCUGAAUGUUCCAUAGAUCCCUGCUAUCUUUUUGCGAUUAUUUGUUCCAGUGGAUAUCCUUUAUUGGUUAAUAUCCUAGCGACUCGGGCCAAUUUGAUCGCCGCUCAUGCAUCUGAAGGAAACGCUUUGUCCGACCCAGCAAGCUUCUUUUUCUUCCUUGUUCUUACAGUUAGUGACAACAUUUUUCUAAUGGAAUUCUAAUAGACUGAUUAGCCUCAUGCGGAUAGCGUAAUUGGGGUGUGAUCUGCACAAUUACUAUAACGCUGUUUGCAUCACCCCAGAACAAUUAGGUAGAAUUGUAUUAAUUAAUGGUGUUCAUUUGGUGUAAGGAUGCAGUAACUCAGUGGCCGAUGAAGCCUGUAAAGUUAUUGACCAUAAUGGUCCGGAGAAUCACCCAUGGUGCAAGGAAAGGUGCUAUUUUAAAGAAGUUAUCAUUGUAUGAUGGACUAUCAUUCCAGUGCAAUGCACCCGACUAAUAGGGUAAUCAAUACAGGUCUUGCUAAUUCAUGCUGUGAGUGAUUAAAACAGUAAUUGGGGUGGCAGUAUUGUUACCCUGUAGCUUGCUGCAAGCAGAGAUUUUUCUCAAUCUCAGGCUGUCUUAUUCGGUGGGAUUUCGCCAUCUGGGACACAUUAGAAUUCGUCCGUCAUUUGGCAUCACUCGUGUCAUUAGGCAGUUAUUAAAACUGUUACGAGUUCCAAGUACGUUGCAAAGUCCGGGUUCGUUCACGCAUACCAUAUUGAUAAUCUAGGCCGAACUAUCUCGGGUCUAAAUCACGCCGAAAUGACGUCGACUUUGCAACUAACUUGUCAAAUCUCGGCCCCAGCUGUCAUUUUACACUUGUAUUUUUAGUCAGUUGCAAGAAUACGUGUUCUGCAUGUAUCUCUGUUGACAGUCAACUGAAGCAAAUGCUUGUUUUGAAACGUCAAAUGUGAUGAACUUCAACUAUCAAUUAGAUACAGAAAGGCAUACCUCCACAUUAGAUAUUCACGCCACGUUUUAUUCACAAUGCCUUUCUUUGUAGGCAAUGCGAUUGAAAUACCAUUGUGCUGUAUACGUCUCAUGAAUUGCUUCUGUGCAGACAGACCUUACGGACUGGUUGGGUCUUAAGUUUUUUUUCAUUUUGUAAUAAUUUGUAACAUAUUAACUCGAUUCACGGUGACAGAAUACACUGAAGCUAACAGUUGCAUAUCACUUUGUUGCAGG